AUGAUUGCCAAAACACUCACACUAACGCCAACCGAGUCGUCGCUCCUUUUUCUCCCGAAGCAAAUCAGUUUAGAGCUUGGCUUACCUGUUUUACUGGGACGUCAAGGGAUUUACGAAGAUGACCCGUUGAAAGCAGAAUCGCUGAGCAAUGGAUACUUUUCGUACGCCAGUGGUGUCGGUUUAAAUCCUGUCAGCAAGAGACAUGCCUUAGUAUGGUUGGAACAAGAUGGAAAGGUCUUUGUUCAAGAUCUAGAUUCCUCGAACGGGACCUACAUUAACGGUGUGAAGUUAGCGUCGGGACAACCCAAACAAUUAAAUACAGGUGAUAUUUUGGUAAGAUACGUUUUCAAGCUGUUUGCGCAAGAUGUUACUAGUCGAUAA